AUGCACCACCGCAACCGCCACGGCCCACUUGUUUCGAUCUUCACCACCGCGACCAACGCCGCUUCCACCGUGACGACCCCGAUAAUACAGAUCUGGAACCGAGUGACGGUGUCGAUUGAAGUUAGUGCAUCGUUGGCCAUUACUGACAUUUCGUGCUUCAGGACUCCGAUUUCGUGCUUCUCUUAUGUUGAGGAGGAUUUUCUGUGGCAUAGAAAAAAAGUAUUGCCUUUCUUUCUUCUACAUGGGCAUGUGGUGUUUGUUAGAUUACAUAUAAGAAAGUGGAUUUAUGUACUGAUAUUUAGGCACAACCAAUUGCCUUCAAAUGCUGAUUUUCAUUUGUUUAAGGUUGGGAUUAAGCCAAAAUGGGAAGAUCGUGAGUGUGCCAAUGGAGGCAAGUGGACUGUCAGCAGCAGCAGGAAGGCAACUCUAUCUUGA